CGCGGUUUCCUCAUCAGUGUCUUGAUGCACUGCUGCUGAGUCACAACAAACGCCAAUUAUGCUGCGAAUUGUGCUCAUCUUUCCCUUAUUGAUCCUGGGGUUUCAAUCGGUGUUGGGGAAAUAUACUCCACCGAAGGCUAAGGUGGAACCCCUCUAUCCAAAAGGAAUUAGAAUAUCCAUCCCAGAUGAGGAAGGCAUCACACUAGUCGCCUUCCACGUUCGUGUCAACGAAGAAUUCGAAGGGCUGGAGGCUGGAACAAUAGCCGUAGAUGUUCUAAGAGUGCGGAAUGGCCGGUGGAAAUACCAAGAUAAGACGACAAAAUUAAAGUAUGGUGAUACAGUGUAUUACUGGGUUCACGUUGUGUACGAAGGUCUCGGCUACAAUCUCCUCUUUCAGGAGCACAAGGUCACUGAUUUCUACGACGACGACGGUAAUCGACUCAAUGGUAAUGGCGAGCCGAUUGCUCCGGGCGCCGACAAUCCCAAUUGUCAAAUAUCAACGUCUGUUGUGGUCGAUCUGUCAACCGGCCGUCGAAACGCAGCUUGUAUUGGGGAAACCCUCUUCCAGGACGAAUUUGUUGAUCUUGAGCCGAGAAAGUGGAAUACGAUUGAACAAUUCUCACGCGCUCCUGAUUACCCGUUUGUUAUUUAUCGGAAUGACCAAAGAAAUGUAAAAGCCGCGGAUGGAAAACUCCAUGUCAUUCCGACAUUUAUGGAGAAAGAGUACGGAAGGGACUUCAUUGAACAUGGGACUUUAACGCUCUCAAAAUGCACAGGCAAACCAAACACGCAGGACUGCACUCGUACCGGUCGUGGCAGCUACAUAUUGCCGCCAGUAGCGUCCGGGAUCGUAAAUACCAAGAGCUCUUUCGCGUUCAUGUACGGGAGAGUCGACAUUCGCGCAAAAUUACCUAAAGGGGACUGGAUAUAUCCAGUUAUUGUCCUGGAGCCGUUGGAUGGGGAUCCAAACUCCAUGGAAACGACCCAGCAGUUGAGGAUCGUUGAAUCCUCCGGUAACGAGCGGUUGCAAGCUAGUGGAGGAACUGAUAUCAGCGGACAUAUCAUCUGCGGAGGGCCGGUGUCGCGAUUGACUGCGGCCAGCACUGCGCCUGCUCAGCGGGCCAGGAGAUAUUCCCCAGAGCUCUGGUCCGACUCCUUCCAUACGUAUACGUUGGAGUGGCGGAAAGACAGAAUUUCGGUGAAGGUGAAUGAUGUCGAGUACGGAAGUGCUGCUGUUGAUGCCAGCUUUGACAAACCGUUUUAUGUAACCCUUGGAGUGGGCGUGGGGGGUUCUACCGAAUUUCCAGACCAGGCGGUCAGUGGUUCGUCCCAGAAACCUUGGAAGAAUGUCGCCUCGAAGGCUUUGUUCGACUUCUUCAAGUCCACUGCGGAAUGGUCGGGAUCGUGGAGGAACAUGGACAGGGAAUUGCAAAUUGACUACAUUAAAGUUACUGCUUUGUAAUUACUACGAAAUAUUUUCAUACAGGUAUAUUUCUCUUAAAUACGGUACUUAUAAAAAUAUGUUGACGUUGA